AUGACGUCGAGCAAAUCUAUCGAGAAAAAAAUCACGGCGGCAUCGUUGUCUGAGCACGUGGCGACGGGUAAUUUCAACGAUGAUCAAGCAUGUGACGCGGCGAGAACCCAAUUGUCGAUAAUAAACCUCCAUGCCAUCAAAGAUAUAAUAACCGAAAUCAAGAUUGCCGACCAGCGCAAGCUCUCUGUGGUGCUGAAAAUGCACGCCGAAAUGGCCAGGAAAUGCGCCAAACUCCAAAUGGAUUUUAAACGUCUGCAGGAUGAUUCCAAAGAUCUCCAAAACGAAUUGGAGAAGAAGACAAAGGACUUAGAGACAGCAGAGCGAAAUGCGAUGAUAUGUAAAACAUGCUGCACAAAUCUGCAAUUGCAGUUGGAUCAAUCGCAGGCGGAGAUGAAUAAGAUGCUUGCGAAGAAAGAUCGAGAUUCAAAGCAGGAAAUUGAUCGAUUGCAAGCAUUGCUCAACGAAUCUCAAAAACAAAAGAUAGAUAAGAUUUUUGAGUUAGAUGAAUUACGCGAUCGAAAUAAGGAGCAGAUGCGUGCUAAUCGAGAGGAGAUUAAAUUGCAAUAUGAAAACAAAAUCAAGAAUAUGGCAAAAAAGUUACGAAAGAAAAAGAAGACCACAUGUUUCGUCGAGUUGGAGGAGUCCGAGUGGACGAAAAUGGAACUGCAACCGGAAAUCCUGGAGAAUAUCAUCCGGGGAUUAAAAGCCAAGGGCGAGCAGUACAUGCGGAUGAAGGUCAAGAUCUCCGAUGCGCCGAAACUGCUUAGGAGCACAGAACUCUCCAAACUCCAAAUCGACAUCAAACACCUGUGCGAUAAUAAGGAAGAUCUCAAGAGCAAUGGUACAUGGAAUUUAUUUGGGAAACACCAUCGUUGGAAACGUUUCGGGAAAAGCAUAUUUAAUUGUCAUAAGUACUUUGUACGAAGAAGCAGAAGUAUAUGUCCCGACUUUACGCCUAAACCGUUGGGCGAAUUGUUAGACGAUCAUAAAUCAAAUCUCGAGGGUCUGGGCAAUCCACAAAACAAAUAA